AGUAGACUGGAUUCAGUGUCGAACAUUAUUUUAUCUCAACUGGAGCAGAGAUGUCUAUAUUCAGUGGUUGCUUCAAGUGCAAUAUUUUAAAAUGGUUCGAGUGCUGGAAGGACUUCUUUGCUAUCCAACUCAUGGAUAGUUCGGCGUUCAAGUGGUUUCUGGCCUUUGCUGUGGCCCUGUUGUUCCUCUUCAAUGUACACUCGGCCGUCACCAUGUGCGAUGUCGGUAAUCAAGUUCCACAAAGGCCGAACGAAAACGUCAAUGAGGAGGAGGAGCAGGAACUCGAUCGUGGCAAUGGUCCCAGGGAAAGAAAUCAAGCCGAAAUCGGUGCAGGAGAUGCCGGUCAAGACAGGUCAAACUAUCAGGAAUUGGUGGCAUGCACCGCUUACGGGGUACCCAAUGGCUUCGACUAUGGCAUGGAGAGGGGGCCACACACUUGGAACACACCGUGCAACAACCAAAGUCCCAUCAACAUCGACACUGACUGCCUGGCAACCACCUACUUUGAUUGCGUCAUGGAGUGGCGCCACUAUGACGACAUUCCUAUGGGCAUUCGAAUAGAAAACGAUGGCCACACCCUAUUCCUGCGCGCCGCCUUUCGAGAAGAGAAUCCCUACAUCGGUGGCGCCGACUUAUUGGGUCGCUUCGAGUUCCGGGAGAUACGAUUCCGCUGGAGUUGGUACAACUCCUCCGGGUCAGAACACACUAUUGACAACCAUCACUAUCCCCUGGAGAUGCAGUGCCUCCACGUAGACGACGGAAGCGGCCGAUGCACCUCCAGUCAAGGUAUCCUGAUGAUCUCGUACAUGUUCGAACUCAGCGAGGACAAUCCUCUGCUGGACGUGCUCAUCCAACACCUCGUGGCGGUGCAGAGUGCUGGCCAGGCCGUGGAGGUUCCUCCCUUCCCGCUCAGCUACCUGAUGUUGCCCUUCUUUUCCCGGUUCUACAGCUACCAUGGAUCAUUGACGGAGCCGCCCUGCCACCGUGGAGCGGAGUGGAUGAUCUUCCCCCUGCCCUUGGCCAUCGGGGAGCGCCAACUUAACGAGUUCCGUCAGCUGAAGGACCGCAGGGGUGUCCGGAUUGCAGGCAAUUCUCGUCCUGUUCAGCCACUCGCUAAUCGAUCGGUCUUCUUAAAUCGCUACACAGCCGAUCGUUAAUUAUUCAAUAAAUGUAUGAACUCCCAUCAGCCUUUGGAGUGCAAAGCAAGCAUAAA